CAAAAUAGCGAAAAGCAACUAUAUGGUAUAACUAUUGUGGAAUUCAGGUAUAUAUGACAUAUGUAGCAGUUUAUCGUUGACAUGCAAUCGUGUAAUUGUUAAAAGAAAAGAAAGAAAAAAACAGAAGAAAACUGUAUCCGAAUAAACGAUAGCUGGAGGGCAUUGGAAAAGAAUUGAAACUCAUCUUUAAUUUGUUAAUUUACAUCCGUGAUAUACUAAUCACAGUCGGGUCAUAACCUUGUUAAAAAUGGAAGUUUAUUUAGCAAUUACUGGAUGGACAUUAGUAUGAUAAUGAUGAGAUAAAGGGGAGAUCUGCACAAUUUCGCAGAUCAUACGAAAGCCUUAUCUAUGCCAAUAGCAGUUUUACCAUUCAUUCCAAAAAAAUUUUGUUUUAAAAACAAGUUAAACAUGCUUAAACCUAGCCUGAUUCUCAGACGUCCGAGGUCGUUCUCAGUCCCUUUCGCUCCUCUCCCUCUCGACCGCGAACGACCACGGACGUCUGAGAAUCAGGCUAGCUUAAACCGCGAUCGAUGCUACGUUCUCGUCUUCAUUUGCCAGCUUCUGGGCAAGUUCAUGAUAUAAAGUAGGUUAAGAAAAUAUCCGACACUUCGCGAUAAUAAUGUCUCAUCAUGUUUACAUGAAAGGUGUGGAGAGGCUGUCUAAUAGAAGAGAAUUUACCGCGAAAACACGGUGUUUGCAUACCAUUUUUGUUUUUUUUUUAAGUGCUCUGAUAGCAUUCAAUAAUCUUCAGAGAGGCACCAAGGGAUGGCAAUUUUAUUUUUUUCCCCACCUGAGCUGGCUACCUCACCCACCUGGGGUCACCCAACCCCAUGUAAAUGGGCCCUAAGAUAUAUUUUAUUUUCAGAGAAGGAAGUACCAUUGCUAUUGUUCGCCUACGAUUUGAAAGAAACAUCAGCGACCCCUUAAAGCCUUUGGAAGACGCUAUCAAAGAUGGCAUAUUGGGGCGGAAUAUCAGAGUUGAUACACAGCUCCUUAAUACAAGUAUGUCAAGCCCCAAGUCAAUCCAGUAGUUACCAUUAGUUUAUUUUUAACAAAGCUGACAAACAAACAAACGUGAUAGGGAUACUUAAGGGGAACUUACAACCUGGCUCAUAAUAUAAAUUCCACCUCAAAUUGCACGGAAAUACCAGUCUAUCAAGUGUAAUUUAAUAUCCAGUUCACAGUGAGUUAUCAAAAUAUCAUUUAUUAUUUUUUUAUUAUACCUUCAUAAAAUUCGCCCACCUCGGUCAGUAUGUCAACGAAUUGGCCGAGGAAGCAAACUCCAAAUUAACUGAAGAAAAUGUCAAGUGACAGUGCAAAGUGCAAAACUGAAAAUCAGUUAACCGUUUAAAACCUGAAGUUGGCGAUUCUAGCUUAAAGGAAAAGUCCAUUUUAAAUGUUUUGGAUAGAUUAAACUUCAAGUUAUAUCUUUUAAUUUGACAUCUUUGCAAACUAAUAGUAUAUAUUUCAAAGUGAUAUGAAAGGAAAAAAAGUGAUACGUGUAUUUUGUUCAAGAAAAAAAACGAACAGGUUUACCUUCCUCUUUGGCAAAAGAACUUGGAUAUUUCGUUUCACUUUCCUGCAUAAGAUUGGUCUAUUUUAGACAGUAUGAACUCCUCAGAGUUGGUACACUAAAAUAAUAAUAAUACGAUGACGAUGACGAUUACGGUAAUGAUGAUAAAGAUUUUACCUGUAAUUUCAACGUUACAAUUUAUGUGAACAUGGCUUCAGUGAGUGUCUACAGGUCCUCUGCUAAGUACCAAGAAUUUCACCCUGCCCACCAGGGACAUUGGGUUACUGCCUGCGCCUCUCCCCUGGUGACGCAGCAGACGCCUGAUUCAGCUGGCUCGGGCAAAGUAAACAUAAGAUGCCAGUCAAAUCCCCUAGUAAACACUGCUCUUUACAAGGGAAUGUGUUAAAAUAGCCCCCUCACUACCCCUCUAGUUUUGCCCUCAAUCCUGAGCCACCCAUCCACCUUUAAGGCAGUCCCUGGGUCCACCCGUGCCGUCAAAGACGUCAAGAACUCUACCUUUUUGGAGACCGAAGUGACCCAGAGCCGGGCUGCGCCCGGAACCAAGCGAAAACCUACUGGCCACGUUUUAAGGAACUCAGACAGAUAUAUCUAGCCUAUUUUUUGAGAACCAACCUAACGAAAUUUGCCGUCAUUGAGUGAAAAGGCUUCAAAAGGCAGUUUUUUUGGGCCUUGUAAGCUCAAAAAUCACACUAACGAAUGAAAAGGAAAGGAGAAAAAGCAAGAGCGAGGAGGAAGAAAGUAGGAGAAGAGAAAAAAAAAUGGUUACGCUCUUAGUUUCUAUAACUGCUCCUUUGAAAAAACUGUUGGACGCAAAAGGUCCAUUUCACGGUAACGUUUUAAAAAAUCCGGCUAGGAUAUUCUGGGAAAUAAGCAGCUUUCUUUGAUGACAAAUUUCCUGAAAAGACGUCGUUUGCCACUUGAAAAUAGCACAUUUUGAAAGAUUACUAGAAUUCUUUGCAAACAACGUUGGCCAGAAAUCCUGUGUUUUCGAAGAAGGAGGCCACCUCCGGACCCAGUUUCGCCUCAUUUCUUCUCUCCUGUCACCAUUCAAUGACAUCUUCCGGCCGCACCAGCUGGAAACUCUAGGCCACACAGCUUAACUUGAUUUACAUAAAGUAAAUAUUGUAAAGAAACUCAGCUCUUACCCAUUAGCCUUUUAAGGUGACUCUACUCUUGGUUCCUGGCUAGUAAAGAAAGAUUGAAUUCAUCUCCAUCAAAAAGAUAUUCUCAACCCGGCCAUCUCUAGCUGCUUUAAGCCGGCUCUACUCGACAGAGGCAGCUUAAGACUUAAGCUAGCCCUAAGCAGAGCAUUCAAGGCCACGUCACCCCUCAGACCUGACACGGCCUCGCAGCCGAGCACGUGGGUGAGGGGAAACCUUUCACUGGCGAAUCGGCCUGAAACAUUUCAAGAAUUUGGGAUGACAAACUGACGGCUGACAGAUGAUCAAUGAACUGAGUCUCCAGAGAGACUAACGGAUCAUACCACGCUUUUCCAACACCCUCCCCUUCUAGGGAUUGACAUGGAGGCUCCUUCCCUCCCCAUGGCAAGUUAACUCAGAGACUGAGCUUGACGACAACCAAGACAGCAACCCCAAUGAAAAUUCUCACCGCAGUCACCAGAAAAUAAUGGCAAUUUCAACGUUACAUCAUCUUGAUUUCAUUCCUUAUCUGCAUUUCUUACAGUUUAUCUGCUCAGGUUCUUUCACUGUCAGAGAAGUUUCUACCAGCCGGGUGUAAAAACCGUCAAUUUCGCACAAUACUGACUGCGUUUGUUUCUACUAUCCAUGAUCCUUCUUUUCGAAGAUUGAAGUGUUAUAUUGGUAGAAGAAAAAACCGGCCACACCUGCCAACGGCAAGGAUAAUCAUUUGUUUUAACUUGUUAAGUUUGCCUCAAAAAUAUAAAACUCGAUCAUCGAGAGAACAUUUUUCUUAAAAUCUUAAUUAAUUGACAAAUUGGUGACGGGUUUAAGAAAAGAAAUCAUGGAAUUUCAUAUGAAAUAUUUAACACUUCACGUCUGGAAUGACUGUCCAUCGCACUUAAAUAAAAAUUUAUGAGAGGAAACAUCAUUUUAAAUGCCAAAAUCUAAGCUUAAAUAACUAUUUGUAAGCCAAUAAGUAUGUUUAUCUUUUAUCACAAACGCCAAUUUAUUUAUCCAAAGAGAGUAAAUUUGACACCAAUUUGCCAAUUUAUAACAGGGCUAAAAACAGGAUGUAUUUUUUUGCUUAGAGCUAGCAGCUGGGCCUUGUAAAUGGGGGAGCUUAUAGGUAGGGGCUUAAAAAUCGGAAGUUUACGGUGGAUUUAAGAAUUGGGGCUCGAGUUAAGGACUUUUAUAGUGGUAGUCACGCCCGAAAGCCCUGCAAAUAAAAUCCUGUGCUGAUAACACUGACGUUUGUGUUUAUUACAACAGGUUUAUUGUAUUGAAACCAAAUUUUAAUUCAGUUUUACUUUCUCGUAUUUUUUUCAGCAAUGCAUCCUCCUACGCCUUCGACAACGAGUAAGUAAUUUACACAAAUUAACAAUCAGGCGAAAAGGACAACAAUGCUGCAGUUUACGGUAGAUUUAAAAGGGUUUGGGCACACGUUAAGGACCUCAAUAUCAUAGGUGACGAAUUUCUCCUUAAUUUUGGCGCGAAAUUUCAGCGUUAAUCCUUCCGUACGUCUCAGUGUCAAGAUGGCGACGGAGUUUUAAAAUGUCGUGAAUGAAGAUGUUAGGGCACAAAAAGACGUCUUAGAAAACCUGAACAUACGAAAGAGAGCAUUAAGAAGGAUUCUAACAGGUAUUUUGUUAGAAAAUUUCGAAAAUUCUGAACUUAAGCCAAAUUUAAGAGCCAGUCUCUGUAAGAUCCUCAUAUCGAGUUUUGCCCACAAAAUGGAUUUCGCUCAUAAUUUUUCUGUAGACUUCCUUUAAUAAGUAUAUAACAAAUAUGAAACUNGUUUAUUACUAUAGGUUUAUUGUUUUGAAACCAACUUUCAAUUCAGUUUUACUUUCUCGUAUUUUUUCAGCAAUGCAUCCUCCUCCGCCUUCAACAACGAGUAAGUAAUUUAAACAAAUUAUCAAUCAAGCGAAAAGGACAACAAUACCCAGUGUUUUAGAGCACUGAUGUCAUAUUAUCCCGGGGGACGCCGGGUACUUCCUUAUAAGAGGCUAAUGGGGAUGUGCCGUUGGAUGGGGCCGCAUUUUCACCACUAGACUGCGAGCAGUCUCUCUUUUUCUUCAGAUUUAGCAAGGGGAGUCCACGCGCGAGAAACGAGGGCGUUUUACUCGACAAACCAAGAAAAAAAAGAGAGACUGCUCGUAGUCUAUUUCACGACUGGACUGACUAUAAUGGUGUCGCAUUUUCAAUGCAGUUACUAGUAUGAGGUCGCACAUUUUCGGAUUUUUGGGGGUAAGAAAGUUCUUCAUAUUUACGGUUAGCAAACAUACCAGAAUGUUUGUACUGUAGAUGAAAAGUAAAGUGUUCUUCAUUCAAUCUAAAAAAUGGGUAAGUUCGUAAAAUUAGAAAGUGACUAAGUUGGGAUCGCGAAAAUUACAUAUUCUAAGAUGGGGUCUAUAAUUGGCCACAGAAUAGACUAUAAUGGGGUAGGGGCUCUGAGAGGACAGCAGCACAUACCAAGCAAAAAUUAACCUCCCCCCCCCUCCCCGGGCAUAUUAUCUCUCUUAGGCACUUUUAGCAAAAGUGGGGGCGAAGGCAGCAAAAAAUGUCGCCGAUGUAAAGGACCAUCUGUUGCUUAGGCUAACAAUGUUACGUUAACGAUCAACUGUUACGUCAACCGAAUGUAAUACGUUAAUAUUCGUCACUGCGAUUUAACUACUUAUAACCUAAGAGAGAAUGAAUGCAUGCUCGCCAUUCCACAAACCUGCACUGAGUUUUAUAAAAGAGCCUUUGUAAUAUAUAGCGGAAGUGUGUUGCGGAACAGCUUGCCUCUGGAGGUUCGGCAAUUAACAUCCCUUAAUGUUUUUAAACCAACACUAAAAAACCUUCAUUUCGAUUGCGAAAUUACUUAAAUUAGCGAUACGCAAUUUUUAAACACGUCUUCCUUGUAUAGCAGGUUUUUUCUUAUCAUCUUUCUUGUUUAAUUGCGUUCGAGGUGCGAGAACGCAACCCCUAAUUUGUGUUGGGUGUUUUGUGCAUAAUUGGGUGUCCUAAGGAAGGUUUUUUGACAUUGCCUUUUCGUCGUCGUCGUCCACACACAUUUGCCUCGCUUUGAGGCGCUUGCUUAAGUUUUGCCUCACUUUGAAGCGCUAACUCAUGUGGUGAUUCUUGUUUCCUCGGCGUUCAUCUUUCAAAGGUUUGCUGAGGUCAGAUAUUCUGUCUUCGUAAAGCGUUCAUCUUUUAAAAAGUUUGCUGAAUCUUCGUAAAGCGUACAUCGAUCUGUGUUUGCUGAAUCGUCCAAAGCGUUCAUCUUUCAGAAGUUUGCUGUUAAAUUUUACUUUGGAUUAACCCUUCAUAUUUUUCAGCAUGGUUCGUCACUGUCUUUGGAGAAUGUCUGCGACUCCUGGUGCAUGCAUCAAACCGGGUUUAGUUCGGUGGCCGUUGUGCCACAAAGUAAAUUUACCGAGUUGUGUUGCUCGCCGGCCGUUGUGUCACAAAGUAAAUCUACCGAGUUGUGUAGCCCGGCGGCCGUUGUGCCAGAAAGUAAAUCUACCGAGAUGUGAAGCUCGGCGGCGCCAUUUGAUCAUGACUUGUCAUAUUUUCGGCACCGGACAAACGAACACUUUAACUCUAUGUUAUUUAUUAGGAAAAACUUAUAAACCAGCCCACAGUAGCGCCACUCUCGAGUCACUGAAAUCAACACGCUCGAACAAAUUACUGGAAAAGUUAUUGACGUGAGCCGCACACACGUUCCAUUGAACGCAUGGACAGGGUUAGUGCGAAGUGUGAAUUCAGAUGUGAAAGCUUUUAAAACAGUAAAUUCAAUGUAAUUCAUUUAGUCAACAAGUUGAUGGUUGGAUGCUCUUAAAAAUAACAGAGAAAAUUAUCCGAGGAAAUGUUUUUGAAAAAAGAAAAAGAAUCCCGGGUUAAGCACUAAACGGCCUUUGAUCAACUGCGCCCUGUAACUCGCGCCAUUUACACGCCCGACGCACUCUGGCCAAUGUCUCCUCCGAUUACAAGCACUUGACACCGAACCAUACGAUAUCUUUUGAAAACGUUCUUAUAAUGAUACACAGGUUAAAUAGAGGUUUCGCUGUACGCAACCCUUACGUUCAAAAUAUGUCAUAAUCGCAUUUAUCUAUAUCGCAACUACCCUUCCGCCUCAACUGCUACCUGUAUGCCUUACAAACAUAUCGAACGCACUCCCCUAAGCUCCGAUUACUCCUAGUUUUUAUCUUAGGUUCUAGUUUAGUUUGGUAGUUAGUUUCUAUACUUAAAUGAAAAUGUACCUGAAGGAAAUACCGUGUAUAAAUAAAGUCAGCCUUACCUUACCCCGAGGGUUCUGAUGUCACAUGACGUCAUAGAUCUGCCAUUUUGAAUUUUGAUCCCACAGAUACCCAGUUUCAGCAAAAAUAUAACAGUUUACUCUUCCAGAAUAUUUUUAGAUAUAAAUAGUGCCUGUAGUCUCCGAUUGGUGACUUUUUCCUUUUUAUUACUCUGACUCAUAGGACCCAGGUUUGCCUUUACUAUUUCAUGCUUCCCCUCUUACAUGGUGGCUCACAUAGCACGUGACAGUUUGCCCUCGGGAGCUGAUGUUAGUCUUCUUCAUCUUAACGAUCCCAGCUGUGGUGUGAGUUAUGUGACCAAAAAGAGUGUUAUUAUAAAGGCUUCACUGAAAGGCUGCGGAACAGUUCGGAGGUAAAAGUGAACUCUGAAAUACGUAUCAUUAAAAUGAUCUGGUAAUUAGUGAGCAGUAAGUCCUCGCGUCAUUUCAGCGCUGUUAAAUGUUUUAGGUAUCAAAAUCAAUAUUAUAUUGUUAGAUAUAUUUUGGACCUCUUAAAUGCUUCAAAAGUCCUGUCAGGAGCCUGCUCGGCCAGGUUAACCCUUUUAUGCCUAGUCUGUUUUUACCAGUCUUUUGUGGUACGGAUGGGCGAGCCUUAUUUUGACUGUAAAAUGUUAACCAGUAUGUGCCUUGUUAGCCUGGUCUUUCCAUGCUUCUCUGGUAGGCUAAAGGCCUGAUGCGUAUAUAAAAGCUUGGUUUCCACGGAGUUGUUGGUGAGCCUGGGGUCUAUUUAUUACAGCUUAAUUUUAGAUGGGUAAUUAUACGUGAAAUUAUUAUUUUAGAAUCUAAACAGAGUAGCGACACUUGAAAAUUACAGUUAAAGUUUUGUCGAAAUGACUCUUAGUUCAAAGUAUCAUCUGAAAAAGCUUGGUAAGCCUGUUUGGUUUUGAUAAAUACCGUGAACGACGUAUUUUUAAGUAGGAGGGAACGGACUCAUGAUACGAUAGAUGGACAUGAUAGUUCAAAAACCUUGAAAACAAGUACAAAAGAACACUGAGGUUUUCGCCUUUCAGAAAUCCAAGUUUAUAUUUUUCUAAACGUUUAGUUGCUUUCAUCGAUACUAUGUGCAGGUAACAAAAUGGCGGUUUUUCUCUAGUAAAAAUAAGUCCAGUUGAGAGAGGAAUACAAUUGUUGUUGUUUUUUAUUUCUUUUCAACUCGGAUUCCUGUUGAUAACGAUGGAGCUCUGAAUUUUUCUCUUCCAUGUUUGACCAGGAACAUUGGGUACAAAAUGUUCUUCCAUAACAAGGUGGUGGUACCCUAUGGAUAUGGUCAAAAGAGGUCAUUGUCCGUGUUUCCGUUCAAGUGCGUUUACAGCCGAUUUGGCUUUCCGUAAGGAACUGUUUUAA